UCAGACCCUGCGUUGGUACUGACCACCUGCUCUCCCUGUACAGACGGAGGCACAAAGAAGCUCCGCAGCAACAUCCGCAGGAGCACGGAGACGGGCAUCGCCGUGGAGAUGAGGAGCCGAGUCACCCGGCAAGGCAGCAGGGAGUCGACCGACGGCAGCACCAACAGCAACAGCUCGGAGGGCACGUUUGUAUUCCCUACAACACGUCUGGGAGCGGAGAGCCAGUUCAGUGACUUCCUGGACGGUCUCGGCCCCGCCCAGAUCGUCGGCCGACAGACGUUAGCCACGUAUCCAAUGGGCGAUGUCCAUGUUGGGAUGGUGGACAGGAAUGGACAGCUGGAGGUGGUGGUAAUUCAGGCCCGCGGUCUCACCCCGAAACCGGGCACCAAAUCAAUCCCAGCUGCCUAUGUCAAGGUGUAUGUGCUGGAGAACGGAGCCUGUCUGGCGAAGAAGAAAACCAAGCUGGCCAAGAAAACCCUGGACCCCGUCUACCAGCAGACUCUUCAGUUUGACGAGAGUCCUCAAGGAAAAGUGUUACAGGUGAUUGUGUGGGGGGAUUACGGCCGGAUGGACCACAAGUGCUUCAUGGGCAUGGCUCAGAUCCUGCUGGAAGAGCUGGACCUCUCCAGCAUGGUGAGCGGCUGGUACAAGCUGUUCCCCACCUCCUCCCUGGCUGACUCCACCAUCGGGCCCCUGACCCGCCGUCUGUCCCAGUCCUCCCUGGAGAGCUCCACCAGCCCCUCCUGCACCUAGAAAACCCCGCGGGGGCCGAGUCAGGGGGUCACUGUGCAGACCACCUCCUCCAGGGGAGAGAGGAUCUCUGCUCAACCAACGCCAACCACAACAGAAACAGUGUGUGUGACUGUAUGUGGCUCUUUUCUCUAUGUUUGUGUCCGUGUAUAUAUAAAGCACAAUGGGUGAUGCUUGCAUUUCAAUCUGAAGCGCAGAACCCAAGGCAACAGAUGCUU